AUGAGAACUGAUCGGGAGUGGAUGUAUAACAGGCUUGUAGAUGGGCGUAGAUACAUUAAUCCUGAAUUUUUGGUUGGAGUUGAGACAUUUGUUGAAUAUGCUUGUCAUCAACCAGCAUUUAUGGAUUGUGAUAAAAUAAGGUGUCCCUGUUGUAAAUGUCAAAACCGAAGGUAUCUUUUAACUGAUGAAGUCAAGUUGCAUCUUACUAGAGAUGGAUUUGUCAAGGAUUACUAUCAAUGGGUUUGCCAUGGAGAACCUUUAGAUAUAUCAAAUCCUAUGCAAACACAAUGUAAUUCAUCUUUUACAGAAGAAGUAGAAGGAUCAAAUCUAUAUCGCAACAUGGUCAUGGGUGCCAUUGGUUCUAAUUUUGACCCAAACUAUGGUGAAAAUGAGGAGGAAACACCAGAUCCAAAAACUCAAAGAUUAUAUGCCAUGCUUCAAGCAGCCGACGAGCCAUUGUGGGCAGGUUGUUCUAAGCACUCACAGUUGUCAGCUAUGACAAGAUUGUUGAAUAUCAAAUCUGAGUUUCAUAUGUCUGAGAAGUGUUAUGAUGCAGUAUCGCAAUUAAUGAAUGAAGCAUUACCAACGGAUAAUAAAUUGGUUGGUAGUUUUUAUGAAACAAAGAAGUUUGCUGCAAAGUUAGGUCUUCCUUGUGAGAAGAUUCACUGUUGUAUUAAUGGAUGCAUGAUAUACUGGAAUAGUGAUAUUGAUAGAAGAAGUUGCAAGUUUUGUGAUCAUCCUCGAUAUAAAAAUAGACAAAGAGCAUCUCCAAGAGGGAAAAUUGAUAUACCAUAUCAAAAGAUGUACUAUUUUCCUCUUACACCCAGACUACAAAGAUUGUAUGCUUCGGAAGUUACAGCUAAGUAUAUGAGGUGGCAUGAUGAACACAAUAAAAAAGAUAGUGUUAUGUGCCAUCCAUCUGAUGCAGAGGCAUGGAAACAUUUUGAUCGAACAAGUCCGUCUUUUGCAUUAGAGGCUCGAAAUGUAAGACUGGGAUUAUGUACAGAUGGAUUUCAACCAUUUGGGCAAUCAGGGAAGCAAUAUUCUUGUUGGCCUAUUAUUGUGACACCAUAUAAUUUGCCACCAUGGAUGUGCAUGAAAGAGGCUUACAUGUUUUUGACUAUUAUUGUACCUGGCCCAAGAAAUUCUAAACAGAAGUUAGAUGUGUACUUGCAACCUUUGAUAACAGAAUUAAAAGAUCUUUGGGAAGUUGGUGUUCUCACAUAUGAUGUUUCUAAGAGGCAUAAUUUUCUUAUGAGAGCUGCACUUAUGUGGACCAUUAGUGAUUUUCCAGCAUAUGCAAUGUUGUCUGGGUGGAGUACAAUAGGCAAAAAAGCUUGUCCAUAUUGUAUGGAUAAAUCAAAAGCAUUUAGCCUUUUGAAUGGUGGAAAAGUUUCUUGUAUCUUUUGGGAUUUGCCAUAUUGGAGUACUAAUCUCGUCCGUCAUAAUCUUGAUGUCAUGCACAUCGAGAAAAAUGUUUUUGAGAAUGUAUUUGAUACAGUGAUGGAUGUUGAAGGAAAAACAAAGGAUAAUGCAAAAUCAAGAGAGGAUAUAAAAAUUUAUUGCAAGCGUAAGGAGUUGGAGAAAAAUGAUUCAACGGGUAAAUAUCCCAAAGCUUGUUAUAGUUUGAGCACACAAGAAAAAAAGGUUGUGUGUGAUUGGGUGACAAAACUCAAGUUUCUAGAUGGGUAUGUUUCAAAUAUGGCAAAGUGUGUGGACAUGCGCAAAUAUAAGCUUUUUGGGAUGAAAAGUCAUGAUUGCCAUGUGUUUAUGCAACGGUUAAUUCCAAUUGCUUUUCGUGAAUUAUUGCCAAUGUCUGUGUGGAAAGCAUUAACUGAGUUGAGCUUGUUCUUUAAAGACCUUACAUGCACUGUGAUUAAAGAAGAAGAUAUGAUUAGACUCCAAGAAAAUAUUCCUAUGAUUUUGUGCAAACUAGAACGAAUAUUUCCACCUAGCUUUUUUGAUUCUAUGGAGCAUCUUCCUAUUCACUUACCUUAUGAAGCAAGAGUUGGGGGACCUGUUCAAUAUCGUUGGAUGUUUCCUUUUGAGAGGUAUGUGAAAGUUAAUAAUUAUCAUUUUUAUUAA